AAACCCUUUUGGUCAGAGCUUUGGUGCGGUGAGUUAUUCUGUAUCCCAAGGAAAACAAUUACUGUUAAUCAUUGCUCAUCUCCUUCAGUAAAUUGUGACCUACUGUUGGUCCAAGGUCCAGACAGACCAGCGACAAUAUGGCUGGCUGACUCCAUUUCAUUAUGGCAAAGAUUUAGAGUUAUUUAUGAAGGCCACCGUAUACAAGUAAUUAACAGAAAGCCACUUUUUCCAGCUUUGGUGUGUCGGCUGCUGUCUUGUCUUGAAAGAAGACCUGGUUGAGAGCCAAGUGACCUACUUGCAACCCAGAGCUUCGACAUGUGAUUGCGGCAACUACGUACGGUGAUCCCGAGAUGGAAGUUCGCCGGAGGACCAAAUUAGUCGCUGUGGCCCUUUUUUCGCUGGCAACCCUUGGAUCCAUAGCCUUCUACUUUAACAAGGAGCGCGGUUGGUCGAAGGAUACCGUCCUCUUUGUGCCCCCGGGAUGGCGGACUAGGAAUUUGGUACAGGCCAACCGAGACUUUCCUUGGAAAGGUGGCGGGCUGCAGCACAUCCCCUACGUGUGGAAAGAUGCUGUUGCAAGACAAGUUCUCACGGAUGGCAACUGCUCUUGCCCGCCCGAAAAUCCGCUGAUCAAGAUCCCGAAGUACCAUACCGCGUCCUCCAACUACCUAAAUGAUUUCGCUUCCAAGCCAGAGGAGCUGAGAAAGGUCAUGGACCGACGCAACAGGGAGAAAGAAAGACUCCAACAAAGGGCUCCCCCACCGACUCCUGUUCUAUUUGCAAACGGGAAGUCUCCACUGAGCUACCCCACACAGGGGCUGAGGGUCCAACCACUGGGCAGCAUCGUCAUUCCUGGCUUAAAGCUGGAGGAACUGGCUGAGCAUACGGAAAUACUGGAGGUUCAGCUCAACGCCCAGUUAGGAGUGCUGACCACCCUGGCAGACAUCCCCAGUGUUACAGUGGAAGGUCUGGGCACCAAACACCUGUCCCUGUCCUCACCCUCGCUGGACCAUCUCAACAGGCAGCUACAGUUCCUGGUCUACACAAACACACACUUCGAUCCAGACACCGUGGACUACGUGGAUAUCCGGUAUAUCUACUUCCAGGAAACAAUUCCAAUCCAAAUUCAGCAUAAACCACUGCUGCGGAUAUUUGACUUUUCACAAGACGACAUUGCAACAAAGGUAACCAUAGUGACGAAGACCUUCCUAAGGUAUAACAUGCUACGACAGUUGAUUGACAGCGUGCGACAGUUCUACCCAACCAUAACCAUCAUCAUCGCUGACGACAGCGACGUCAUCGAAAAGGUCGAGGGGGCAAACAUAGAACACUACAUCAUGCCGUUUAAAAAGGGCUGGUUUGCAGGGCGGAACUUGGCCGUCUCCCAGGUGACCACGGCCUACUUCCUCUGGGUGGACGACGAUCUCAUCUUCACAAGAAACACCAGGAUCGAACUUCUCCUACAAGUGGCCGAAAACACAAACCUCGAUGUGAUAGGUGGUGCGGUGAGGGACGACAUUGGCAUUCCAACAACUUUUAAUCAUAAACUGAGAAUCGAGGAUGGAGACGCCCUCGGAGACUGCCUGUUCAAAACUAAAGGACACUAUCACACAGUAGAGGGGUUCCCAGACUGUGUGGUGGCUGACGUCGUCAUAAAUUUCUUCCUCGCGGACACAACAAAGGUCCAAAAUGUUCGAUUCGACCCGAGGCUCGCGAGAGUAGGACACACAGAGUUCUUCAUGGAUGGCCUUGGGAACCUACGGGUGGCGUCUUGCUCCCAUGUUACCAUCGACCACGCAAGCAAGUUAUUCAGGCCACCUUGGCAGGACAAAAAGUACAGAAAGUUUCGGGAGCCGGCCAACACCACAAAUGACAAGCAUUGGUUUUACAAGUACAAUCUGAAGUGCAUUCACACGUCAUAGCAUAGGGGAAGUGCAUUUGGUAACAGUACGUAGUUAGUG